GAGAUUUGUGCAGGGAGGAGGCAGAUCUUCGUCAUCUUUCGUCUCACCGUCAUCUCCCUCAUGUCCUGCAGGGUGAUGUGAGCAGAGUCUAGGAAUGCCUUAUGUGGAUCGGCAGAACCGAAUCUGUGGGUUUCUGGACAUCGAGGAGAAUGAGAACAGCGGCAAGUUCCUGCGGAGGUACUUUAUUCUGGAUACCCAGGCCAACUGCCUGCUCUGGUACAUGGAUAACCCACAGAACCUGGCAGUUGGGGCCGGAGCCGUUGGAUCUUUGCAGCUGACCUACAUCUCAAAGGUGAGCAUAGCUACCCCAAAGCAGAAACCAAAAACUCCAUUUUGCUUUGUCAUCAAUGCCCUCUCUCAGAGAUAUUUUCUUCAAGCCAAUGACCAGAAAGAUCUAAAAGACUGGGUUGAAGCCCUCAACCAAGCCAGCAAAAUCACGGUAAGUAUGUGUGUGACUCUUCUCUCUUCUGAAGAAGGUAUGCAUCUCUGCCCAGCACUUGACUUCUUUGGAGCUGGAGGGAAUCCAGAUGGCAGCAGGGCCUUUCCCAGGGGUGUGUUCUAGACCCUGUCUCCCUACCUCUUCAUCUCCUUUGCCUGACUCACCACAAGGUGAACUGAGAGUUUGAGUUUAAAUCAAGUGCAAGGGGAAGUUUAUGGAAUGUCCCCUUUGUGUUUCCUGAGGAUUCUUGGUCAAUUAGGUUUUGGUUUUGGGUCAUUCUGGGAUGCUGAAUCAGAGGGUGAUGGGAUUGGAAAUGGAUUGCUGACUAAGAGAAAUAAAGAUAAAAACAUAUGAGAGUGGGAAGUCGGGCAUUAGUGCAGCAGGUUAAGCACACAUGGCAUGAAGCGCAAGGACCGGCGUAAGGAUCUUGGUUAGAGCCCCCAGCUCCCCACCUGCAGGGGAGUCGCUUCACAGACGG